GAAGGCGGCGGCAUCGCCCCCGCGGGGCUCCCCCCGCCGCACCCCGCUUUUCCUCAAAGUUCGGGGCGGGAGCGGGGGGGAGACCGGAGCCAACUUGUCCCGGAUCCCUUUAUUCGCCGCCGGAGCCGCCGUCUCUCCCAACCCCCGCGUGUAUUGCUGAUCGGAGGGACGGAGCUCGGUCCUGUGUCCGCCCCGCUCCUUCCUGCCCGCACCAUGGAGUUCGCCCAGAGGAAGAGGAGCAGGAAAUCCCAAAGCUUUAAACUGGUCAACGAAGAUUACCAUCAUGAGAUAUAUAAGAUCUCUGACUACAGCAAUGAUGUUAAUGGGGAGACCAAAGAAACACAACCAGUUUUUUUAGGAGAUGAAAGCCGGGAAAUUAAAAAACAAAUUACAGGGAUGAGAAGAUUACUGAAUGACAGCACUGGAAGAAUCUAUCAACGAGUUGGCAAAGAAGGAGAAAAACUGAAGGAGGAGCCCCAAGAUUUAGACUUAGCCUGGGCCCAGCGGCUGAACCCCCCUGCAGAGUCCCAGGAGAGCCUUCAUCCGUCCCAGAGCGGAGCGUGGAGUGAGCUGUCACCCCCCGGCAGCCAUCUGCCAGGGCAGUACGGAACCAGAUCCAAAACAUUCCAGAGUCAGGCUCGAACUGUGGCAUCCAAUGGAGAAAUUCCAAUGGUGAAUUCAUCAGCUGGACCAAACUGCUGUACGUGUAAUUGCCAGUCAACCCUGCAGGCCAUUCUUCAGGAGCUCAAGACCAUGAGAAAAUUGAUGCAGCUGCAAGCAGUUGGGACUCAAAACAGACAGCAGCCUCCUGUUCCUCUGAUUUGUGCACAGAAGUCAACAAUAUCAAGAAAGAGAAAUAAAAAGAGAAAACUGCCCCUCAAAGUUGUUGAAGCAGUUUCCACAAAUAAGAAACCCAGCUCUCCAGAGAAUGAGAAGAGGCUGCCAGCAAACUCAGAACAAUCGAGUCUGCCAGCAAUUGAACCCCCCCUGAAGCCAGACACCCCUCUUUCAGGGUUUGGAAUUAUCCUUGAAUCAGCUUCAUCAGAUCCAGAAGUGCAACUUGCAGAAGGCUUUGAUGUCUUCAUGCCAAAAUCACAGCUGGACUCUAUACUAUCAAACUACACUCGCUCAGGAAGCCUGCUCUUUAGGAAGCUGGUCUGUGCAUUUUUUGAUGACAAGACUUUGGCUAAUUCUUUACCAAAUGGCAAAAGGAAAAGAGGGCUCAAUGACAACCGGAAAGGACUAGACCAAAAUAUUGUGGGUGCAAUAAAAGUCUUUACGGAAAAAUACUGCACUGCUAACCAUGUGGAUAAACUUCCUGGUCCUAGGGACUGGGUCCAGAUUCUUCAGGAUCAAAUUAAACUUGCAAGAAGACGAUUAAAAAGAGGCUCAGCUCCUUUCCUUUAUUAUCCAGACUCUUCUUGCCAGAAAUUAGCUGAUCCAUCCAGGGUUGCAAAUGAGUCUUCUCACAUUCCUUGUGAAAGAAUCAGAAAAAAAAAACCCAAAACAAAAAAAAGAAAAGGCAGCCACCCACCCUGGUUGUGCCAGCAAGGCUCUGCAAUACGUGGGAGGCAGCUUGCCAGCAGUGACAGGUAAUCUGGGCAGGGUUUUGCAGCAAAGCUGCUCAGCCUGGGCUGGGAUAACCUGGAUGCUUGGGACCAGCCUGCAGCGAGCUCAGUGCUGAGCUUUCACCCUGACAGCACCUGGCUCCUGAGCCCUCAGUGUGCAGCCUGGAAAUCCCAGUGGGGUUCUUGGGAAAGCAGUGUUACUGAUUAGGAGACAUGUAAUUACCUUACCAACCAUAGCUAGUCUCCUUCCCAUCUUCAUCCCUCCAGUCCUACAAGGGCUUUCUCCACACUUCCCCUUUCUCAGCCUGCAGGUUUCUUAAGGCCCUCUCAGGGUUGUAUUUCUUGCCCUGGGUAUAUCUGACACUGCUGUCUGAGGCACUUCACUUGUGCCACCUCCUUAAACACAGUCCUUUGCUGUUCCUGUAUUUAGCUGCCUGCCUUUUCCCCUCUUCCCUUCUGCCCAUCAGCACAAUUAAGUGCCUGUUAGCAUCCAUGGGAUGGGAAACCUGAUGGCUCCUCAGGGGAUGCUCACCCUGGUGGUGAGUGAGACCACAGGAAAUGUCCUCCCCAUCUCCCUGUCUCACAGGGCCAACCUUUUCUGUCCAGAGCUGCAUUUCUGAAACACACACUUAGGCUGGCAUCUGAAAUCAUUCUCCACAACAUUAUUAAUGCCAGGAGGGAAAAGCACAAGACAGAGGAAAAUGAGAAACACCCAGAGACAGAAAUAACACAGGGGGAGGACAAAAGUGCAGAUUAUUCAGUAGCAUAAGCUUCCCAGGGUAGAGAAACAAACCAGCACUGGCCUUAAAAAGGGUUUCUUGUGUGUUGGGGGAGGGAGGACAGAGGGAUAUGAGAUAAUCUUGUUAAAGGCAGUGUCAGAUUACUGGUGUUGUACAACAGGAUUGUUUUCUGCCCCUUCCAAAGCUGCCUUUGGGCCUCCCCAGGACGGGAGGGUGGAAGUGGGAUGUCAGGCUACAGUAGGGUGAAGGGUGCAGUGCAGGAUGUGGGGAUCAGAGGGUCCUUGGGUUGUCUGCACAAGAUCCCUCAGGAAAGAGGAUUGACCUAAUUUUGUUUUGAUUUUUAUUUUCUUUCAUCCUUUUUUAUUUGCUUUUCUUCUUGCCUCUGCAGGAUAUUAAUUAAAAUGACAAUGACAUUCAGCUUUUGCUUUUCAAAUGGGGCCACCUCUAUCUCUGGUCCUUGCUCAGGAUGGCAGAAUCUAAGCAGAGGAUAUUGUAUGUAAGCUAGCAAGACUUUGAAGGAAAACAAGUGGAGCUGAGUAGUGUGCCAGAAUCAGAUAGCUCCCCUGUCUGUGCUGCAGAGGGAAGGUAACUUGUUCACCUCUAUGUGGAUGCACAGUGAGCAGCAGUGCACCUAGCAGCCCCUCAAGUUUAUUUGUUGAAAAAUCCCCAGCACAAUACCUAGAUUGGUAGAAAAGCUCUUUUUGUGUGCUCUUUACUGGCCAAUCCCUGAAGUGCCCCAGUUUCUCUCUGACGUGGCCACAGGCAGACAUGCUGUUUUCAGUGUGCCAGGAGUGGCUGAACACACCACUGUGGCCACUGGCACCUUCCCAGCCACUGCCAUCUCCUCUGGUGGCUGUAGCCAGCCCAGCCUGACCUUGCACUGGAGUUUCCCAGGCCUUUGUGACAGCAAAACAGUAGAUGGGAACAGAGAGGCAGGAGCAGACAGCUGGUUGCAGUAACAUCCUCAUGUUGUUGAAAUAAGAUUUGUUGGUACUUUUCUGCUACAAUUUUGAGCUUCUGAUAUGAGGAAUCUAGAGCUGACCAGGCAACAGAUCCAUCUAUUCCUGUACUUUGUGUCCAGCAUUGGCUGUUGGCUGAUGCCUGGGAAGGUCUGUAGGACCAAGGGAAGGAUGUUGUGGUGUUUGGUAGGGUAGACUCUCAGCCCUCAGCAGCUUUAUCCUGAAAUAGAUCUAGUGAUGUUGGAAUUAUGCACAAUUUCUCUAUUUAUUGUGAAACCAUGCCAAAAUUGUGUGCAAUUUAGAGACCAAAACAGGAGUGGAGGGCAAACAUGAGAAGCUCUUCCAGGACUUCAUGUUGUAAACCUUGGCUUUUAAGUAUUUGAAAACUAUGGGACUUGCAGCCACUGGGAUGUGGGAUUCAUCACUCUUCUGGGUGAGCUCUUGAGCUCUCCCAGUCUGCCUGUGGCCAGAGGAGCAGAAGCUGAGCAGGUGUCCAGUGUCCAUGCUCCCAGGUCAUUCUCUUUGAGUUUUGUCUCCUCUUGCUCACUGGAACAUGCAGCUGAUCCUGUGGGGUAGGCUAAAGUGCCCAAAGAACAAAUCUGAGCCACCAAUUAUCCAACUUCACCCAGGACUUUCUGACCCAAUGUGUCUCCCUGGUGCUUGAUCUCAUUAUUUAUCUGCAUCAGUUCCUGGUUUGUCAUAAUGCACAGGCUUUAUAUGGAAAAAGCUUAAGAUGAUCCAUUUAUUUCAGAGGUCACAAGACAACUUUUUAGUCAGCACUGUGUUGGGCUAAAUUUUAAUAGCAGAAGUAUUUAAGAGGAGGGACAGGCUUUUCAUCCUGCUUGCCUUCCCCCAAACCAUUCAGUGCAUCCUCUGAUGAGUUUUUCAUUUCAAACCAGACAGUAAGACACUGCAUUCGUGAGCAGCCCUCUCCACUUUAUCCUGUGGAACAUUAUUUCAGUCUGAAAAUGUAAAUCCUGCUCUGUCUUUCAAUUACAGUAAUAAUUUCAGAGAAUUCUAUCAAACAACUGGGGUGGAUCUGCUUUUUGUAGCCCCUUCUAUAGGGUGUACUCCCAUGAGUGUUUCCAAAUUAAAUGAAAUUAUGAUCACUAGAUCAUAGAUGCUGCCCAGCUUCAACCUUAUUUACCAUAUUUGGCUCAUCUCCUAGAAUUAGGGACUGAAAAAGCUCCUUAUUUCAAAAGCUAAUCAAAAAAACCACUUAAAAAAUCUGCUUUCUAGAAAAUAGUUCCCCCGUGUAGAUUUUGAAAGGUUGUUAUCCUAAGCCAAAUAAAAAAUCAUUUACAUUCUGAAUCAAUGACAAUAUUUUUCAUAGCUGGGAAUAUUCUAUUUUUUUAAUUUAUUUAUUUUCCUUCAGCUUGUUCUUAGUUCUUUUAGAUUAUUGCCUGAGAUCUGAGACUUGGGUAGUGUUUUUUUAUUUGUUAGAUCUGAGAAUAAAGCUGCCGCUGCCAUUAAAUUUUUAUUGGCCUUGUUCAGUCUUUUCAAAAUUUCACAAGUUAGCUGUCACAAAGGGGAGAAGAGACUGUGAGGUUAAUGUUACAAACAGAUGUUAUAAUUAAAAUUAAAGAUAUGAUAAUAUUCUUCAGCCUUGACUACUGGUCCCAUGUCAUGCCAACAGCAGAGCAUAGUGGAGCACAGCUUCAUGAUGCCAGGUCUGUCUUCUCCCAGAGGAGGAGCUGAACUGUUUUGGUGGAUGGGAUGGGAUGCAAAGUUGCCCUGGAAGGAAAGAAGUCAAAGGAAGUGUGUGUGCAUGGGUUUCCCCUCUCAAAGCAGCAUGAAUUACAAUGCAAACUGCCUCAUAAUUUACAGUGCUGGGCUUGCCCCAGCGUGGUCCCUUCACCCUGCACAAGAGAACACGAGCAGGUGUGUGGUGGCCUUGCCAGUGGCAGCACACAGGGACACAGUCAGCCAUUAUCACAGAGAUCUUACAUGGGGAAAAUCAGAGGGAGCUGGCUGGCUGUUCCUGUCACCUCUGUGCAGGCACUGCAUUCGAGCCUUUUGAUUACUAAACUCUCCAUCCAUUAAUAAGCAGCAGGUCAGGGUUCACACAUCUCCCACAGUAAGUUCUUCCUCCCUUUUUAUGUUUUGAAGAACCCAGGAGCCAUUAUUCCACAGCAGCUAUCCAUGGGAAAGCUGAUGCUGUGGGGUAAUAUGUAAUAACAAUAAUGUGUAAAUUACCACAGUGUGGGAUUCCUGGGGCUGUCCUGUGCAGGAUGAUCCUUGUGGGGCUGGAUGAUCCUUGUGGGUCCCUUCCAGCUCAGGAUAUGCUGUGAUUCUGUUCUAACACUGCCACAGUGAUGAGCUGUUCAUGCCAAGUGAUUAUUUGUGCUUAACCUGGAACCCUUGGAUUGCCUGACUCCUUAAAGGAAAAUACAGCAGUUUUGGAAAACAUGCUGCAAAUUAUUUAAAUAAAUUGCAUGCCAUGAUGCUUCAUCCUUUAAUUGUUUUUUUAAAUUAACAUUACUUUGUUGCAGUGUAAAAUAGUGGGGAAGGAGGAAAAAAUUAUUUUUAUUUAUUAUUUUUCCCUGGGAAUAUGCUUUUCUCCCAUGUCCUUGUUCAAACUGCUGCUUCCAUUGUUUUGCAGGAGGUUUUUUACUUGUUCCCAUUUUUCUUCAGCUUUCUGAUUCCCUGGUUUCUGCUUUUGACACAGUAUCUACAUGCUGCAAGAGAUUAGGUUGAUUUUUGCUUAGCAAUACAGACAGGGCCAGGAAGGAUGUAAGAUGAAGUGCAGCAUGUGGUACAGUGUGUUUGUGGCCAGUAUUUUAGAUUAAAACCAGCAAUAUUAAAAUAGUAACUGCUGUCUUCAACUUCCCAGCCCUGAGCACAUGUGUACUUCUUUCCAGGAAAGCAGCAAGUGUACAUGAACAGACAGACAUGCACCUCAGAAGCCCCACAAUCUGGGGGGAAUCUAGGGAAAUGACUACCAGCAUUAUUUUGCAAGGUCUGCAGCACUCUGUCUAAGCAAAGGACAGAGAGGAGGCUCUGAGUUCCCACAGUAGGCUCUCUUCCUGCUUGCCUUGUCUUGAAAGCUGGCCGAGGACAGUGAGGUUUGGCUGGCAGUCUGUGGGUGUGGUUGUCAAAGGCAAACCUUCCUUUCUUCUUGGAAUGACAUGUAAGAGACUGGUGGUUUAUACCCAUGUUAGGAGGUCGAGAUGUUUGCCAUCCCCCUGUGUUAUUUCCAGCUUCACCUGGAGCUGCAGUUACACAUCCAGGUUCAUAAAACAGAUCCUGGCAGCUGCUGAGAAGAGUGAGUAGCUCUCUGGGCAUCUGCUGUGCUCCCACUCCCUUGCUGGCACUGGCACAGGCAUUCCUGUGGCCAUGUUGUCAGUUUUUAACUGGAUCUGAUCUUGGUGACUGUAUAAACAUUUGUGCUGGCAUGAGGAAUGAGACUGGAACAAUUGGUGGAGAGCUGAACCUCAUUUAUCAGUCUUCUGCCAUAUUAAAAUGGCCAGGUAACUUCUGGUUCUGUAGAGUUGGAGACUCAAGUCCUUACCUCCUGGAAGUUCCUUGUUUGCAUUUGUUUCUUUCUGUAUUAUUGCUUUCCUCUGGUGUAGGAAGAGUUAGGCAGAAAGGUGGCCACAUCUCUGGAUCUACUUUACAAAUUGCUGCAGAAAUUUCUAGAAAAGCUGUCACUACAGUGGGCAGCCCAUUGGCUGAUUUUCAUAGAGGAAAGGCUCUCCAGUCCUUUGCCAGCACUCAGAUCCAGCUUCCCCCUUUUUCAUAGCUUGGCUCCCUUUUACCCAAGAGGGCAGAUGCAGCUUUGUCCUUGUAUGCUGAGUUGUGCCACAGAAUCACCUGGUGCAGGUUCUUUUCACAGCAUUGCUGGAAGUUGGCCUCAGACUGACAGGAUUUUUAAAGCCAUGUAAAUCCCAUUGGUGAGUUUUGCCUUCUCAUUGCACCAUGCUGUCUCCUCCCUUGCACAUCCAAUCCUUCCACCACUGAGUCUGGUCCAGAUUCAGACCUGCCUAGGUGAUCUCUUCCCAUUUAGUUCCUUCCAAAAUUCAAGGUUUUCACAGUGAGCUGUACCAGGCACUGAAUUUGUGGCACCUUCUCACAGAAAGCAGAGAAAAGUCUCAAUUCCACUGAGUCACUUGCAAGUCUGUGCCAUGAAUUUAUCAGGGCUCUGCAUUUAAACCUUUUGUGGGAGGAAAGCUGCCUGAUAAUAGGGUUUUAGUUUGUUUAUGUUUUCUUUGGUUAAUUUUGCAGAACUGAGAGCAUAUAGCUAAAAACUAACCUGACAUCCAGGCAUGUGGGAGAGACAGCACUCUCUUGGACCAGGGAUGGAGAGACAAGGGUUGGGAUUACAUUAGAAAAUUAAUGUAGAUUAGGAGCUGGAUUAGACAUUAUCAUCAUGAAGGCAACAACUGAACAUCCUCAUGUGCAGAGCCAUGAUAAAGAUGAUCAGAACAGUUAGCUUAGUCUCAAGUGGGAGGUGAACUGAAUUGCUUAGUUUAUCUCUAGCCUUGGUUUUGAUCCCUGUGGGUAUUGUGCAGUGAAUGGAUGUGAGCAGAUAUACAUCCACCACACUGACCUUGUACAUUGUAGUUCAUAGGACAAGGAAUGAUUAUUUUAAAGUACAACAUGGUUGAUUUAGAUUAGAUACAGGGAAGAAUUUUUUACAAUUUUUUACACUGGCACAGGCUGCUCAGAGAGAUGCUGGAUGCCCCAUCCCUGGAAUUAUUCAAGGGCAGGGCUCUGAGCAACCUGAUCUUGUUGAAGCUCUCUCUCUGCUAAUUUCAGGAGGGUUGGACUGGGUGACCUUUAAGAUCCCUUCCAACCAAAACUAUUCUGUGAUUCAGUGAUAAUGGGCUUGUCCUGUAUGACCACACCUCAUUUGCUGAAGUGCUCUCAAAGAUGUCAUUGUGCUUCAAAGGCCUUAAAUAUCAUGCUGCAGUGCCAAAAGACAAAGGUAAUAGGAUUUUGAAUAGGGCUUGUUUAGGUUAGGCACGGAUUUCCUGUUACACACCUUUGAUUUACUCAGGGUUCACAUGCACAUCCCAGGUACUGGAGCCUAACAAGUCCCUGCACAUCUGCUGAGUGAGGCAAGCUAUGUCUGUGCAUUCCCUUGGCCUCUGGCAAACACAAAAUGAACAAAUUAGGCUUUUAGCCUCCCUUCACCGUGGGCCAAAUUAAGUCAAAUGCUCUUGCAUAAGCUGUGGGUUGAAAGCAUGUGUGUAUAUACACAUUAAUUGCCAGUGCUUUUUUAAUUACACUGGGCACCCACCUGCGUUUUUGAAGACACUUUGCCCUAGUAAAUCUGUCCCCUGCAAAGUGAGCUUGCCUGUGGUCAUGGGUUUGGGUGCAGAAAUGGGAGCGUUCCUUUCCCUGCAGGCAUCAGAUGACUGUGGGUGGGUGGAGUUCAGCCUGCAAGGCUCUUCCUCUAAGGACCGCUGGGGACUUUUCUCGUGACUUUAUCAAGUGAUAACAACUCCUCUUAUCAUACAGACAUCCUGAAACCCGAAAAAGAACAAAUGUUACUCCAUCCCAUUGCUGGUACAAUUGCUCCUUAAUACCCAACUCCCUCUUCCAAGUUUGCAUUUUUAUUAUAUGACCUUUUCCUCCAAGCAGUGAGUUUUUAACAGAGCACUUGCAAAUUUGCAGCUGAGGAAAGUAGAUAGAAAAUGCAAAAUCACUUCACAGUCUGCAGCUUUUUAAUCACAUUCCCAUAUUCAGU